UUAAUCCCAGCACUUGGAAGGCAGAGCCAGGCGGAUCUCUUGUGAGUUCGAGGCCAGCCUGGUCUACAGAGCGAGAUCCAGGACAGGCUCCAAAACUACACAGAGAAACCCUGUCUCGAAAAACAAGAACAAAACAACAACAACGAAAAGGUUUUAUUUGUAUGGAUGUUUUGCCGUUUUGCAUUGUGUCUGGGCAUCACCUACAGGCAGAGGCCGGGAGAAGGCGGCUGGUCCUCUGGAACUGGAGUUAGCAGUUUUGAGCUCCCUUGUGAGUGCUGGGACCCGCGGCCUCUAAUAACAGUGCCCUCCCCACUAAGUCACCUCUCCAGCCCCAGACCCUAUGUGCUUUCAAGGUACACACACUACCACUACCGUGUAAAGACCUCUGACCCGGGACUUUCUUAGGGAGCCUGAGAAAUGAAAACGGAGAAGGAAAUUCGAUGGAGGAGGGCGGUCCUCGUCCUCUAGCAUUCUGGGACGCCGUCCGUGCCCCUGCAUCCUCACUUCCGUUACCACCCAGCCAGAACCAGUUUCUCCACGCGGAAUUCUGGGAACUCACUCGCUUCGGGUUGGCUCGUUAGCUGUCUGUCCCCCUGGGUUUGAGUUAUUUUAGCCAGGAACCCCUAGAACGUCCCCUAGGUGCGCUUGAGAUCGUCAGUUCCUGCAUUUGGGGAGAUAAGGAAGGAGCGAGGCUUGAAAGCCCUGACUUCCCCAAAAGCACCCCGCGGAGCCCCACCCACGCUCUGUACCUCCCGGAAGGAGCGAGAAAAAGAUGAGCACACACAAGGAGACGGUGACAUUCAAAGAUGUGGCUGUGGCCUUCAGUGAGGAGGAGCUGAGGCUCCUGGACCCCGCCCAGAGGAAACUGUACCAAGAGGUGAUGGUGGAGAAUUUUCAGAACCUGCUCUCAGUGGGAAUUAACAAUCAGAGUGAGUUAAGGGCUGUCCAAGAUGGAGGGUCACAUGAAGCCCUUUCCUGCUGGCAAAUCUGGCAGCGGGUCAUAGACAACUUAACCAGGUGUCAAGACUCCAUGGUAAAUACUACUCAGUUACAGGGUGAUUCUCCCUGCCAGGUCGUUUCUGAAGAUGAGAACCAUGUACAGAGUCAUAAAUUAAAGGUGCCCAUUGGUACCGGAAGACUCCCACUUCCAAUGUUGAGAACCCAGGGUUCUUGGCAGAAAAUUUUCCUGAGUGAGCCACAGAGUCCUAAGAAUGGAUAUCAACAGAUUUCCACCAGAAGUGAUCGGGGUCGGAGUAAACAGGAUGUUGACUCUGCAAGUAGAAUUUCACAUUCCCACAAUGAUCACAGAGUACACAAAAGUAAAGAUUCUUACAGCCCCAGUGGUUAUGGGAGAGAGCACGAAAAGAUGGCGCCAUUUGACCAGAAUAGAGCGAUUCACACUGCACAGAAAAAUGACCGGUCUAAAGAGGCUGUGCCUGAUGUCUCCAGCUGUGGCCCUCACCAGCCGUCACACCCAGGAGAGAGGUCUUGCACAUGGGUUGAAUGUGAGAAAGGCAUCCAUGAUAGCACAGAUGGUUGUGUUUGUCAAGGAGAUCGCAUGGGAGAAAGACAUCAGGGGGCCAGUCACAAUCCACAUCCACCCAGCCACCAGAAGGUCCACACAACAGCGAAACCAUACGAAUGUGAGCGAUGCGGAAAAUUUUUCCGUUGUAGAUCAGCACUUAAUGUUCAUUUCAAAGUCCACACCAGGGAGAGACCGUAUGCUUGUGAGGCGUGUGGGAGCGCCUUCAGUCAGGCCUCUCAUCUUCAGGACCAUCAGAGACUCCACACUGGGGAGAAACCAUUCAAAUGUGACGAAUGCGGCAAGAGUUUCAGUCGGAAUUCACAUCUUCGGUCCCAUCAGAGAGUACAUACAGGAGAGAAACCAUACAAAUGUGAGGAGUGUGGGAAGAGCUUCAUUUGUAGCUCCAAUCUUUACAUUCAUCAGAGAGUCCACACGGGAGAAAAACCCUAUAAGUGUGUUGACUGUGGGAAAGAAUUUAGUCGACCUUCAAGUCUUCAGGCCCAUCAGGGCAUACACACCGGAGAGAAAUCAUACGUAUGUACUGUGUGUGGUAAAGGCUAUACCCUGAAUUCCAAUCUUCAAGUCCAUCUUCGAGUCCACACUGGAGAGAAGCCGUACAAAUGUGAUGUGUGUGGGAAAGUCUUCAGCCGCUCUUCACAACUACAGUCUCAUCAGAGAGUUCACACAGGGGAGAAACCUUACAAGUGUGAGGUUUGUGGUAAGAACUUUGGUUGGCGGUCAAAUCUUCUAAUUCAUCACAGAAUCCACAGCAGUGAUAGGUCUUCCAAGAGCACCAGAGAUGGCAAAAACAUCAGGGAAUCCGUUCAGGAAAAACGGUCUAUAAAAUAAUGUUUUAAAGGA